UUGUCAUGGAAAAAACUAAAUAAAAUCAAUAGACCAUUAUAAUUCAUAAUAAAUGUACGUUAUUAUAUGUAGUAAAAGCAUGUUGUUCAGUUAAAGAUAAUUGACCAAAUUGAAUACAAAACUUCAGUUUCUUCAUAAAUAAUUGAUUAUUGUUUUGAUAUCUAGUCAUGGAUAUAAUGGAAGAACAACCGUUAAAAUAUAAAAGAAAUAACAUAAAUUUAGUCAAUGAUAAUGAUGAUGUUAUAGCAAGUUUGAUUAGUGGCAUGAAACAUGCAGCUAAAGUUCAUUUAAUGGACAGAAAACUUAAUCGAGAAAGAAAACCAGCCAUUAACAAAAUUAUCAUGUUGCCAAAAUGUCUAUCACAAUUGAAGAAGCAUAAUUUAAUGUUGGCAUUUGUUGAACACAAUGUAUUAAAUGUCUUCACUGAUUGGUUAGCACCUAUGCCUGAUAGAAGUCUACCAUCACUUCAAGUGCGAGAAUCUCUUCUAAAACUUUUAGCAGAUUAUCCCCCCAUUGAGCAAUCUACACUUAAGUAUUCUGGAAUAGGAAAAGCUGUUAUGUAUUUGUAUAGACAUCCAAAAGAAACUAAAGAAAACCGAGAACGAGCUGGUCAGCUUAUUAGUCAAUGGGCCAAGCCCAUUUUCAAUGUAUUAGCUGAUAUUGUUACAGAACAAUUUCCGCAUAAUAGUGGUUAUGUUGACCAACAAAUGAGACAUGAAGAUGAAAGUAACAAUGAAAAUGAUGAGGAUGAUAGUGAUGAAUAUGAUAAUAAUGAUAGUGAAAAUUAUAACAUGAACAAUUCUAAGAGUACAAAGAGGGCAAAGACCAUUAUUUUCAAAACGAAUAACUCAUCAUCUAGAGCUCGUAUUCCUGCAACAUCCAGUAAGGUGUACUUUAAUAGACCUAAAUCAAAUAUUGAUAUGAAUAUUUCACAGGCUGUUAAAAGACCUAUGAAUCGCUUUGAGAAACAUUUUAAGCUUUUAAUACAAAAUCAAAGAAAUAAUCGACCCAAGCACGCUGUAUAUAUUUCAAUUGAAGGCAAAAAAAUGGACUUAUAAAACAUGUUAUAACAACAUUUAGCAUAUUUUAUUUUUAUUUUUUCCCUUUGUUAAGCUUUUUUGAUUAUAUUUUUACAAUUUUGUACUUUUAUAAAAUAUUUCAAAUUAAAGACUCAAUCAAAAAUCAACUUUAACUUUCAUUUUUAAUAUUAAUUUUUUUAUCAAUUUCCUUUUCCUUCGAUUAGUGCUAUUGCUAUAAGCCCAACAGUAUAAAUACAAACUUAAUUUACAUUGAAAAAUAACCUCUGAUAAAAUCAACAAAUGCAUUAUCAAAA